AGUAGUUUAUGUUGGUGGAUUAGCAGAAAGAAAAGUGAAAGUAUAAACAGAAAGAGGAAAAGAAAGAGGAGAAGAUGAUGAAGAUGAAGAUGAUAAGUUGUAUUACAAGUCCGCCCAUGGACAAGCCUUAAUAGCGUAAUGUGAGUGUCCCUUGGAAAGUUUGGUUCUGCCAAGUGAAAGUUUCGUUCUAAGGACUCAUCUCGUUUUCUUCGGAUUCCCAUUGAAUCUUCCUUAUAAAACCAAUUGAAUUUCGAGUAACCAGUUUCAUUUAGACUUUGUCUUUAAUUGUGAUAACAUUAACAUUUCUGUGAAAUUGUGAUACACCAACAACAAUUAACCCAAACUUAAUUCGUUAAUUGUGCCAAUUCUUCAAUUCGACCAAACAACAAUUUAAAUCCAAGUCAAGUUCCAAUUUUACAAAAUGAAAGUUUUACAUUCGAUUAUCCUUUUGUUACCCUUAAUCGGGUUAUCAUUGACCCAGGAAUAUGUUAACUCCGACCCUGCAUCUUACCAAUUCAGUUACAAUACUGGUGAUUCUGGUGCUGCCAAGAUGUUCAGAGAAGAGCAAAGGUCAGCUAAUGGUCAAGUGAACGGAAAAUAUGGUUACGUCGAUCCUUAUGGACACAUGAGAGUCGUUCAAUAUGAAGCUGGACCACAAGGAUUCAUUGCUCGAGGUGAUGUUGGACCAGAUCGUGAAGCCAUGAGAAUCGCUCGUCAAUUAGCCGAUCAAGAUUAUCAAGAGAAAUUACCAAUUCUUCAACAAUGGAACCAAGUUGCAGCUCGAUUAGCCGCUGGACCUUCAGUACCCUCUUCAUCAUCAUGGCCUUCAUCACCCGUCGUACCACAAACAACACAAUCAGCUCAAUCUCCUCCCUUACCUCCUUCACCUUCAACCUCAUCCGUUGAACGAGCUCGACUUACUGAUUACUCAUCAUCAUCAGGUAACAAUAAUCAAGCCGCUUGGUUAUCAUCACCUUCAACCGCUGGUGGUCACUCAUACGCUAACCAUGUUAACCACUACACCUCCAACAUCAACUCCGUUUGGCCAUCAACUUCAGCCUCCUCCGUCGUCGGUAGAUCAGCACCUUUAGUGGCCGCUGCUCCCGUUGUCCCCUCCACCGGCUAUUUCAACGGAGCUCCACAAACCUGGUUUCAAAUGAGCUCUCAUGGACCCAACCCUUAUAACAUUGCCUACUCUUACUAAUCUCACAAAUCACCAGCCAAUUUUUACCACCCACUUCCGGUUCCAAGUGUUUCUCCUACUCCUCUUUUUUUAUACCAAUUAUACAAAAA